GCGCAAGCUUCCCUUUGCUCGUAAAUUUGGCAUCAAAUUCUGUCUUUGGUCUGCAUCGAUCAUCUCUUCCCUUGCCAUUGCCAUCGACGACAGAAUGGCCUCCCACGAGCCGGACACCUCAAAAGUGACUGUAGGCGACAUCGCUUCAAUGAGCGAUGCGGCCCUCGCUGUGAUUAUCCAGAAAAACCGUGGUCCCGAUGGCGUCUUCGACCUUCCAGUUGACGGCUGGGACAAGCUUUCAAAGGAUGAGCGCGACCAGCUCGCGGAAAGACUUACACGAACCCUGGCUCAGAAUCCCGCAGCGCACUCGCGACCACUUGAUCUCGACCAACUCGACGCCCGCCUGCGAGAGGCAUCAUCUGGCGGCACCAACGCCCGAUCACGAUCAUCUCGAUCACCGACCCCCACGGGACCAGAAUUUGAAGGAUGGGCUCUACAACGAAGCAGAGAGAACGAGGCGGAGGCAUAUGACAAACUCGUCAAGGACGGCGGCCGCCCGCUCUACCCAAUCGACCUCCUAGACGACGUCUCCGCGUCCUUCCCAAGGGGCCCAAUCGGCGCCGCACACUACGUCCCCGGGAAUCCCGACAAGUAUCGGGAGCUGCUGCGGCCCUGGUUAGAUAACAUUGGGGAGGGCUAUUAUUUUCGUUCGUGGCGGGGUGGCGGGGCCCGCUCAGAGGACCCCUGGGAGGUAUUCCAAAAGCAGUGGGAGCGAUGGAUGAUGUUCCGCAGAUGGCAGAGGGACAACCGUGACUUGGAAGAUGACGACGACGGCGGCUUUCCAGCAUACCUUGAGGCGCAGAAGCGUUACUUGAAGCGCUAUUACAGCGAGCGUGUCGCAGAAAAGAAGCUGGCCGAGCUCGAGUCCGACCCAUCAUCGUACAAGAAGGCCCGGGAGGGUAAGCAAGAGAGGCGCCAGUGGCAGCGACACUACUGCUAUGAAUCGGACGUUACUGGCCCUGAAUUUUCCGACUACGUGGACGCGGUCAAACGCCGCCUGGCCCGACACGGCUUCACUCGCCCUUUCGAAUUGAACCAAGACCCGAAACAACAGGGCAAGCUCGAAACAUGGAUUAAGUACCUCGGCUUUAAGUGCUGGUGGCUCGAUCUCUUUACGCGUGCUAUCGAGCGCCGGCAGGAACACCACGACAAGGAGUGGCAGAAGCUCAAAGACACGGGGGUGCUGCGGCCAGACGAGACCGCAGAAUAUAUUAGAACUGAGGAGUGCGCGAUGCGAUGCCAGGCUGAAGAGGACCAAGCCAGAGCAGCUGCGAAGAGAUCCGAAGAAAAUGCCGAGCGAAUCUACGACAAGACUCAGCUCCAUCCGCACCGUCUGAGCAUCCCCGAGCUGGAACGUAUACGGAUGUUGCAACAAGGCACCCGAGACAUGCUGACUGCCGGGAGCCGCCUGGAGCGGCUCAAGAAACGGGGCGAUCUUAUCACGGAGUUCGUGCUUUCAACGAACGGUUUGGAAACUGCCAAGAGGGAUGCAGCACGCCAUCGCAUCCUUAUUCAGUGGAUCCUGGACCAAAUUCCUUUGAUUGAGGCCGAGUUGAGCCAAAGCGAAGAGGCCGGACUUGACGGGACGAAGGCGAGCAAGAGGACCAAGAGAAUGCUUGACUCUGACGGCGACAGCCCUUAGCAAACGGGCAUCAAAAAGAGGAGGCUCAGCCCACGUUUAAGCGACGGCGCGGUUGUCCUUAGCAGUGUAACACAGCAGACGCAGGUCCCCUUGGCAGUCAACAGUGAACAGGCUCCGCCUCGAGACGAACAGCGGCGCUCACGGGCCGGACGGCCUUGCGCCGGGCCCUCGAGUCGGACUCGAGCUACCCGUGAAGCGGCGCCGCAAGGCGAGCGCCCCAGCGCACGCAUUUCAGAGCGCCUGGCACCAACCCUUUCGGUUCAAACGUCCGGAAGAGCGACAAGGCCAAGAAAACGGGUGGAACCUGCCACCAGGUCACCGUCAGGCAGAGACGGUGCGAGACGGAGGAGGAGCGCACGAACCGCCGCCGCUAGGAGUCCCGCCGCUUCAGCGAUGGCCUUUGAAUUAAGGAAAAGUGUACGAAUUGCAGCUUUGCCGCGCGUAAACUACCGUACAUGACGCCAAGGGAGCCGCCUGCCGGGGAACCAAGACGUGGCCCGGCCAACUGGUCAGAGCGCAGUCGCCGUAUGCGGGUCGGCUUUUCGGGGCCGGCCAGGGACCGAUGUGGAUGGGUCAUAGUCCGCCUGUCCAUUUUUACUGCAAGUAACCCUAGGCAGCCAGGCAGCCCUCAUGGAAACAAUGACAGUGACGACAGUCGAAGCUGUGGGUGCGCAGAGACGUUGCGAUGCUUCUGAGCCAACAUGCCGCGUCGCAAAGUGGGGCUGGUGUUUAACCUCGGGACCAUGUCGAAAUACAGGUGGACCUGGACAAGGUCCAGCGGUCUGGGAGGAAAGCUGGAGGGUAUGUUUAGUUACCCGGCGAGGAAUGUGGUUGAGGGACUUGCGUGAUUUCGCCCUGUUCAGGAACCUACCCAUACAGCCAACAAUCCAGGCCCAGUGCACGGAUUGUCGCGAGAAUGGUCGGCGAAGGUAAAAUAUGGACGGAAAGGAUUGGGCGAUAAUGCGGUGAACCACUAGAGUGCUCCAGUGUCGCGAUCCGUAAUGGUCGCCGUUAACUCUCCAUAUCUAGCCGGGGGAGUUCCGGCGCGUGGAAACGAGGGCGCGACGGUCCGUAACAUCCGCGGCUUUCCAGGCCAACCGUAAGCGGCGCGCUUCCAGGUUAAAAACAACGAAGGCCCAUGUCCCGGUGGUCACGAUAAG